UGCCCCGCCCACCUCCAGCGCCGCACCUGUCCUGUUUACAGACUGGAACAAACUCGAAAGUGUCCGCCCACUCCAAAGUUUCAGUCGGGCUUGUUUUUAAUGCCACCGCUCAUAGCUGUCAAAAGUCAGUCGCUCCUAUCUCUGAACACGAGUUUAGGGACUGAGAACAACCAUGCCGUCGUUCUUGGAUUACUUCAGAAGAAGAGACACAGAAUGGGUCCGCACGACCAUGCGCACCCCGGGGAUCCUGAUCUUCGGGAUGGUGAUGGCUCCCUGCGGAUGGAUCCUGAGUCUCGUCACCACCGUGGCCCCAAAUUGGAGGACUCUUCAUGGCAUCACCGGCGUUCCAGCUGACCGGGUCUACGAGGAAGGGAUCUUUGACGUCUGCAUCGCCGCCACAUCCACUGAAAGACAGAAUUGUGCAGUAACGGACACCGCUUACACCUCGAACAACAUCAUUGAGAUCUCUCAGGGUUUGAUGUUGGCCUCGCUGAUUGUGAAUCUGGUGGGGAUUGCUUUUGCCAUCCCGGGGGUGCGCUGCUGGAAAGACCAACCUCGGUGGGCGCUCUGCACAGUGGCCGGCAUUCUUAUCUUUUGCGCAGGCGUCCUGACCCUCAUCCCUGUUUCCUGGUACACGCACAUCUUCAAAGACAUCAGUACAGACAUAGCGCGGACCGACACCCGCGUCGGCUACUGUCUCGUACUGGGCUUCAUCGGUGGGAUAUUUGAAGUCUUGGGCGGCAUCGUCAUGACCCUCGGUUGCUGCCGCUGCUGUGGCGGGAGGAACCGCGGAGAGAGGCCGAUUGAAGAUGUCCUCGGCCCCAGGAGCCAACCGAAAAGGGAGCCGAGACGCGUGGACGUACCGAGCCUGAGCCGACCCAGGAGCAGCGCCGCCAGCAGCUAUCCGGCCUCCAACAGGGAAUCCGUCGAUGAUGACAUAGAUGUGUCCUUCCCCAGGGCCAAGAGCCCCGGGGCCCGCUCAGGAGCCAGCAACCCCUCCUUCAACGGCAGACCCUACGAUGCUGAUCUAUGAGACUCACCUGAAUUAGGCAAAUGAGUCAGAGACUUGUUAUAAAACGGGGCAAAUGACAAGAUAGGGAACAUAAAAUGAAGAGUAUUGUAGUUUUUAAAUAGGCAAAUAUAAAGGUUACAUUUGUUGUAAGUGGAGAACAAAAAUGAGUAUGUCUAGCGAUCAAUCUGUUGUUAAUGAAGAAAGCAUUUUUGUAAAUGUUGCUGUCUAUGAACUUCUCAGCUUUUGUACUUCUAUUUUAUGUAAAUACUGUGUUCUUACGCACUUUAUAAAAGGCAGUCUCUGUUGAAAGAAGCAUCCCCAAGUGAUCAACGUGUUUGUUCUGAAUGUCUUUAUUAAAUGUGCACUCUGCUUCCUUACUGAGCUCCCCUUUUUACUUAAAAGUGCAAAGAAUUGGAGAUGUUUGCUUUAGCUGGAAAUUUGUGUUUGCUACAUAUGUCCACUGGUUUAGGUUAAAGCUGUGUGGAACAUUUGCUCUUGGAGCAAACUAUAAUGAAAAUAAAUAUUUGCAAUGAUGCUGAUAAAAUUAGAAAAAAAAAAUGGCUAAGGACAAAGUUUUGUCCUUAGCCAAAGAAGCAAAGCUUUCUUUCCAAGUUGCAUUUUAUAUUUCUCUUUUCCUCAGUCCCACAUGUUUACUGGCUUCUCCUCCCAAAGUAUACAGACAAUGUAGUCUGACCUGUCUGAGAGGCUGGGCUCUUUAUGCAUCUUGUACAACAGCAUUAUUAUCUUUGUUCAAGCAAAAAAGAAAGGUGAGGUUCCUGGUGAGUCUUUUGUCACUCAACGGUCCUGCAGGAAACUGCAAUGCAGUUCUCCUUGCAGGACCUGUUAUUUAAGGCACAGUCUCAGUCAAGCUUAAAUGAAAGCUUUUUUUUUUUU